CAGUAGCCGGCUAAGUCACACUCAAAAUGUACGGAAUAACCUUCAAGCACAAAACAGAUGAGAACUUCAAGGAGUUCUUGGACAGCCUAGGCAUCGGAGAUGUCAAAGUUCAGGCUAUCCUGGACACCUGCCCAUCCCAAAAACUGGACAAGAACGGGGACGAUUACGUCUUGACCACGAGCGACUGUAAAAAAUCCAAGGAGUUGACAUUCAAAAACGGCGUUGAGUUCGAAGAAAAUGUCACUGAAAAUGUUACCGCCAAAACGACCUUCACAAUCGACGGAGACGUUUUGAAACAGGUGCAGAAAUUCCCUGAUGGUAGAUCACUCUUCAUCGAUCGCAAAUUCACCGACAACACCUUACUUGUGACUCUCAAAUCCAGCUUCUGGGACGGAGUCGCUUACCGCCACUAUGUAGCUGCUUAA